GUACCAAAAAUAAACUCAAAAACACAUCAUAACUUCAUAUUAUUAUCAUUCCACCAACAUGGGCUACUUAGCAAAUGCCCUUCCUUUCCUUCUCCUCUUGAGCCUCUUCAUCACCACUGAUGCAGCUGUCUUCACAAUCAGCAACAACUGCCCCUACACGGUCUGGGCAGCUGCCACACCAGGUGGCGGUGUCCAACUUGACCCCGGCCAAGCAUGGACCAUAAACGUGGCUCCAGGCACAGCCAUGGCCCGCAUUUGGGGUAGGACCAAUUGCAACUUCGAUGGUAGCGGUAGCGGUAGUUGCGAAACCGGUGACUGUGGUGGUGUCCUCCAAUGCACCGGUUGGGGAGUCCCACCCAACACUCUAGCCGAAUAUGCCCUAAAUCAAUUUGAUAACCUAGAUUUCUUCGACAUCUCUCUAGUUGAUGGAUUUAAUAUUCCUAUCCAGUUUAGUCCUACCAGGGACCCUAUUGAUCAAUGCCAUCCGAUUUCAUGCACGGCCGACAUUAACGGGCAAUGCCCGGAUGUGUUGAGAGCCCCGGGUGGGUGCAAUAAUCCUUGCACAGUUUUCCAGACACCGGAAUAUUGUUGUACCAAUGGGCCGUGUGAGCCAACAAAUUAUUCAAUAUUUUUCAAGAACAACUGUCCAGACGCAUAUAGUUAUCCUGACGAUAAUGCAUCAAGCACAUUUACUUGCCCCGGUGGGACUACUGACUAUGAUGUUGUGUUUUGCCCAUUAGGUUCUCCACAUUUCUCUUUGGCAAUGAAUGGAAAUAGUAAUAAUGUAGAGUGAGAGACUCAAGAGUUCAAACUAGGUAAAAUAAAUGUGUGUAUGAACCUCUAAUUUAAUAAUAACUAGAGAGAGAAAGACUCUAGUUGUGUACUGGUGUAUGGUUUACUUGUUUGAAAAUUAUUAUUAAGAAAUUAAUAGAAUUAAAUGUUAUCUUAUCAUA